AUGAGGCCAAACGGCACAACAAUAGAGGCAGAAAACGCUGUAUGGACGGCCGAAAAGCUCCAACGAGCCAACUACAAAGAUUUGGGCAGCCCCAGUGAAGUCGAAAAUCGGUUCUUGCAGCACCUAUUGUCGCCUCAGAACUCGUGUCGUGCCGCUAUUACUGUCUUGUUGACGGCACAGAGUACCACCACCCGAGAUUUCUCCCUUGAGAUUGAUGCUUUUGAACUCUUGCUGGCGGAUUGCGUUUUGGGACAAAUGUUGCUCAAGUAUCCUUCCACACUUCUGCGAAUUUUGGAAAAUUCCAUAGUGAGGGCCCAAAAAGUAUUAAAGGCAGAACACGAGCAGCAAGAACUUGACAAUGAUAGCGAUGACGACAAUUCUGUGGAAAACAAUUCCAGCCGACCCAUGUCGGUCAAGGGUGACCAGCAAUCCUCGGGGGCUCAGUCCACUCGGGUACACGCACGACUGGUGCACUUGCCACCCACCAUUACCCGCAAUUCGGUCGCUUCCAUGACGGCCAAAGACGUGGGCAAGAUUGUGCAACUGUCGGGAACCGUCGUGAGAACUUCCUCGGUCCAAAUGUACGAAUCCGCCCGAAAGUACAAAUGUACCGGCAAGGAUGGUUGCGGCCAAACCUUUAUGCAAAAUGCCGAUUUGGAACAACGGACCAAUGCCAUGGCCAAGCCGGAUCGGUGUCCUCUUAUACUAGACAAUUGUGGACAGCGAUGCAAAGGUACCAAUUUGCAACAUCAAAAGGAUGGAUCCAUUCACACGGAUUAUCAAGAAAUCAAAAUUCAAGAGGCUGCCAGUAAAAUUGGAAUUGGACACAUUCCACGAAGCCUCAUGGUCAAGCUUCAACACGAUUUGGUGGAUUCGUGUCAACCGGGGGACGAAGUGCAAUUGGUCGGUUCCCUCAUUGCGCAAUGGCACCAGUCGAGUCAGCAACCGGGGAUUGAAUCCAAUGUUGGCAUGGCAUUGGACGCCCAUUCCAUCCGAGUCGUUCAAGAAAAUUCUUCCUCGGCUUGGAAACAAUCAGGGGAUCCCAGUAAUAGUAACACCAACCCGUCGGCCGAAAUGGAAAAAUUCAAAAAGGAAUUUGAUGCCUUUUGGCAACAUCCAUUGCAUCAAUCGAAACCAAUUGCGGCACGGGACUUUAUAUGCAAGGCGGUCUGUCCCAAAUUGUACGGAUUGCACAUUAUCAAGCUGGGAUUGCUGAUUACAUUAAUUGGUGGAGUCCAAGGAACGGAAACCAGCAAUAGCCAUGAUCGACAGCAACAAGAGAGGACUACUGACUUUGCACAACAACACUUUGAAGGAGGAGAACAAGGAGGAGAACAAGAGCAAGAUCGAGAAGAUGUCUAUCUCGAUGGUGCACCCCAACCCUUUCAAAUGAACUUUAAUGAUCGUGGCUCCAAUAGUACUAGUAAUAUCAACUAUGGCGGCGGUGGUGGUACAAACAAUCAAAGCCAACAACAACAACGAAAGAAACGAAAACAAGAGACUGCGGUAGAGAUUAGACGACGAGACAUGUCGCACAUUCUCAUUGUGGGGGAUCCAGGAACUGGCAAGUCCCAAAUAUUACGGUUUGCAGCAGCACUUUGUCCUCGAUCCGUCCUGACUACGGGUGUGGGUACCAGUGCUGCUGGUCUCACUUGUGCAGCAGUCCGAGAUGGGGCCGACAAGGAAUUUGCACUGGAGGCUGGUGCUUUGGUGCUCGCAGACAAGGGGAUUUGUUGCAUUGACGAGUUUGGCUGCAUCCGCAGUGAAGAUCGAACUACCAUUCACGAGGCAAUGGAACAACAAACAUUGUCCGUGGCCAAGGCGGGAAUUGUGUGCAAACUAAAUUGUCGGGCUACCAUUAUUGCCGUCAUGAAUCCAAAGGAUUGUAUCUAUGAUAAUCAUUCGUCCUUGUCCAACAAUACGGGGCUGGGGACGCCACUCUUGUCUCGGUUUGAUCUCAUUUUCAAAUUGGUGGAUACUUCCGAUGCGGAACGAGACAGCAAUGUGACUACCUAUCUAUUGAACCGAGCGAUUCAGGGUACUGGGUUAGAUGUCACAAACGCCAAGGACGGAAGUGAAAUUGAGGAGGCACCAUGGCAAAUGGAAAAGCUCCGGGCAUACAUUUCCAUUGUCAAGGAACGCUUUGAGCCAAUCAUCAGUGACGAUGCUGCCAUUUUGUUGGAGAGACACUACGAAAAAGUGCGGUCGGCCCAAAGCUCUGUGAUUCCCGUGACGGUUCGAUUUCUCGAGUCGUUGAUUCGUUUGACACAAGCCCAUGCACGGCUCAUGCAUCGAAAUGAAGCGAUUCUGCAAGAUGCCGUAGCCGUCUUGCGAGUGAUGGAAUGCACGGCGUAUGCCUAUGGUGGCUUUGACGGCAAUGUAUCAGAUUCCGAAAAUGUCAUGUAUUGUGAUCCAAUGUACAUGGACGAAUCAGAUCGGCAACCAGACGAAGACUUUCUUUGCUUUGAGUAUUUGAUAUUGAAACGAUAUGACAUGCUGCACCACACAACGGACGAACGGCGAAAAAAGGCAGAAGAUCUAUUGUAUCCACCAGACGAUGGUUUUGCCGAAACAUCAGGAGUAGGAAUGGAAAGUUGGCUUGGUAUUGAGCAUCCUCGAGAGAGGCAAGUGGAACGAAGCACUGUUCAGCACGAUCACUACGGCCGAGAUUACAUUUUUCCCGACAAAUCACAGCGCACACCACGGAAAAGAAGCCGGAACCAGUGA